GCGCUUUUCUGGUACCAUAUUGUAUUAUGCUGUUAGUAGGUGGUAUACCAUUAUUUUACAUGGAACUAGCAUUGGGUCAACAUAACCGUAAGGGUGCCAUUACAUGUUGGGGACGCUUAGUGCCGUUAUUCAAAGGAAUCGGAUAUGCAGUGGUGCUGAUUGCUUUCUAUGUUGAUUUUUAUUAUAAUGUUAUAAUCGCAUGGAGUUUACGUUUCUUCUUCGCCUCAUUCACAAAUAAUUUGCCCUGGACGUCGUGUACAAAUCCAUGGAACUCGGACUAUUGUAAACCGUUUGAAGUUCAGCAAAAUACAGUUCUUCCAAUACAACCAACCAUCCAAUCGCUAAAUAUUUCUAUGAAUUACACCGAUUUUUCAUUUGACAAUCAUUCCAUAGUAAAUUACGAGGGAAACAAAACUUGGGAAAGUACAACGACAACAGAGCGAUUUCAUUCCGCAGCAUCCGAAUAUUUCAAUCGUUAUAUACUGGAAUUAAAUCGCAGUUCAGGUCUAGACGACCUCGGCCCAAUCAAAUGGGAUAUGGCCGUUUGCCUGCUGGUCGUCUAUCUCAUCUGUUAUUUCUCCUUGUGGAAAGGCAUUAGCACGUCCGGUAAGGUUGUGUGGUUUACGGCGCUUUUUCCGUACGUUGUGUUGUUGAUAUUGCUCAUACGUGGCAUUACACUGCCUGGAUCGGCCAUGGGUAUAAAAUACUAUUUGAAUCCAAACUUUGAUGCCAUAUACAAAGCGGAUGUAUGGGUCGAUGCGGCGACACAAGUGUUCUUCUCAUUGGGACCUGGUUUCGGUGUGCUUUUGGCGUAUGCUUCAUACAAUAAAUACCACAAUAAUGUUUACAAGUGA